GUCUGAGAGCGGCGCGGCAGCGCUUGGCCUCGCCAGGCCGCCGUCGGGGGCGGGCCCGCGGCACAGCCAUGGCGGCUCCCGUCGUGCCGGAGAGCAACAGCAUCCGCAGGGCCGUGUCGCUGCUCAACGCCGUGGACCCGGGCCGGUUUCCGCGGCUCCUCUCCCGCCUUCUGCAGAAGCUGCACCUGAAGGCUGAAAGUACCUUCAGUGAAGACGAGGAAGAAAAACUUCAAAUAGCUUUUUCAUUGGAAAAACAGGAUCUUCAUCUAGUUCUUGAAACUAUAUCAUUCAUUUUGGAACAGGCAGUCUAUCACAAUUUGAAGCCUGCUUCGCUGCAACAGCAGCUACAAAGCAUUCACCUGGAUCAAGACAAAGCUGAAGCAUUUGCUAGUGUGUGGGCGGCUGCAGGUCAAGAUACGAUUGAAAAGUUCAGGCAGAGGGUUUUAACCCCUCAGAAGCUUGAGACAGUUGGAUGGCAGCUUAAUCUUCAAAUGGCAGAGUCAAUGCAAGCAAAGCUGAAGUCUCCUCAAGCUGUGCUAGAGCUGGGAGUGAGCAAUGAAGAUUCAAAGCACCUGGAAGCUAGUUCAAAAUGGGUCAAGAAAUUCUAGACCAAUGAGGAGAAGAUUACCUCUGGAACAGGUAUCAAGGACAAUAGCCUAUCUUGGGGGGUCCAGUUUUCUUGACUAUUCUUGUUAGAAUAUUGGAGAUGUUUUUAAUCCUUAAUGAUGCCUAAUUUAAGUGGUAUUUUUUUGCGUGUGAAAGUAGAUAUCUUUGUCAGCAAUUGUCAAGUAUUCUUCAAGGCUAGCACAAAAGCAGUAGAACAAACUGUGAUUGUAGAUAGAAACCUUGGAAAUAAAAACAAAGCCAAACCACUUUCUCCUUUUGGCAGUUGAGAAUUGUGUUGAUUCUCCCUCUAAAUACAUCAAACCUCCAAGUGUAUGGGUUUUUUUCUGUAGAGGGUAAAUGAAGUUCACAUUCUCAUAGUUGCACCUGUAUAUUUUUGUCAAGCUGUGGAAAAUGGCACUGUGCAAAAUGGAGCCCUGAAAUUAAUUAGAAAAUGAAACAAAACCGAUGGCAUGAAGGGUUUUAGAAAUUAUGAAACUUUAUGUUUCUGGUGGAAUCUACAGAAAAAUUGCACUGGCACUGAAAGGAAUAAACUGAUUUGCAGGUGGUUGUGACUUGUUAGCAUGAGACGGGUGUGACACAGUAAAGAAAAUACAACUUUAAGCUGUGCCCUGUUUUUAACUGUUAACACUUCUUUUUCACAAACUAGCAGUCAUGUCCCAUAUUUUAGUAGGCAUAUAAAGACUAUCAUUCUGCUUUACAGAUGUAGAUAAAAGUGAGGCUAUUAAAUAAGUAUGUUUGUCCCUUUAAUAUUGCUACUAAUGCAAAGAUUAGGAUGAUUAAAACUUGUUCUUUUCAGAGGCGGGAAAGAUAAAUUACUUGCAUGGAAUUUUUUAAAGUUGAUGCAUUGGCAUUUAUUUUUAAUAAAAUCAAUCAGAAGGAGAGAAAACUAAGUAUUUUAAAAAUUCCCACAAAUUAAAAAUGCAGGAAAUUGCUUAGCACCCUUUUUUUUUUUUGUAAUCAUGUUUGUCCUUGCUUGUCUGAAGUGCUAUUUGAUCAGAUUGUUUCUCUGUUAUUAGUAGUGUUGUUCAUAUGCUCAACUGUAAAAUGAUGUAAUAUUAUACCCUAAACAAUUCACUUUAAAAGAGCUGUUGUAUAAAAUUUUAGAGAUGAACAUAUUUUGUGCUGCUUUAAAAUAAGACCUGUUUAAAAUAAUUUUCCAUUGUGUCUAAACAUAAGUCAAAGAAUACAAUAAGAAGAAUUUGAUAUGUAAGUGAAGUAUGUAGACCUAAAAGGUACAGGUAUGAAAUAGCAAUGAUAAGAAAGAAAAGCUUAUGUGGUUGUAAAAAGCAUGCAUUAUGAAAGAGAAAACAAGAGAGGAAGAAGAAUGGGAAUUAAGGAAAUGUCAAUAUGGACCACAUUUAGAGUAAAUAUUGGCAAAUUAGUAAUAGAUAAGAUAAAAUGAAGGCAUAAUACUUUGGUUAAGGGAUUAAGAGUGAUAUGAAGUAUAUGAAAUUGAUCAAGGCAGGAAAUGAAUGGCUAAGAAUCAAAACUCCUCUUUGAGCUGCAGGAAUUAGGCUACCACUUUGUUUCCACAGCUAAUAAUUGGUGUGUAUCUAAAGGAGCUAAGAAAAUAAUGGAUGAGAUUAUUUUUGCUUGUAAUAUAUCCAGUGAUAAAAAAAAUAAAAACAAAUUAUAAAACUGCUCAAGAAAAGAUUUGCAAUGAUCAGGGAAACUACAACUGAAAUGAAGAGAUACUUGUUUAUGAUUAUGGUGAUUAUUAUAAAAAGGAUUUCAAUGUAUUCCUUUAGUAUUUUGAGUAACAUUUUCAAGGAGGGGAAAAAAACAGAGAACAUCACUGGAAACGGCUAAGUAUGGUUUGGAAGAAAUGGUUUCAAACUUUUCAAACUUGAAAUUUGAAAUUUUCACACUGUGAAACUUCUGUCCUCAGCUGAGAUGUGAGAAGGAGACACUUGUGGGGUGUAUGUUGAAAAUUCUCUGUAAAGCAAUAUACUUGGACUUGGAGAGGUAUCCCUGCUUUGAGCAGGGAAUGUAGGGAUGGUUGGGCCAGAUGGCUUCUGAGGCCGGUUUUCAAGGUAAAUUAUUCUGCAGUUAUGCAGAGAUUUCACUUCUGAAAAUGUAAAUAGACUUCUAAAGAACCCUGAAAAAGACACUGCAGAUAUUAAUGCUAAUUUUAUAUUUAAUCUGCUCAGUUUGCUUAAACAAGAAAAGUGAGAUAGAGUGUGUGGGUUCCAAAGACGAACCUUUUGUGGAAGGUUCCUAAUUUGUUCUGACUCUUUCUAAAAACCAUGCUGUACUAGUCAGUUGGUCACAUUUUCCAUUUUGAGUUUCAUGUUAAAUGUCCAACUGAAUUUUCAUUAGAAAUGCUGCUUAAUGGGUGAUGUAAAAAAAAAACUCCAACCUGUAGUAUUGCAGGUGAGUUCUUCAAUGUAAUUGAUUCUCAUUAAAAAUCACUCAGUCUCUAUUAGAUAAUGGAAAAUUGCAAGUAGCUUAUAACCUGGCAGACUUGGGACCUAUGUCAGACAUUAAUCAGUAGUAUGAUAGUUAGCAUAGCCUGGCAUUAUUGUAAUUAUGUGAAACAUGCAAAAUAAGGAGCAGUUUGACAAGGAUGAGGGCCAAAAUUAGGUAGAACCUAUCUACCUAAAGGAUAAAGGACAAAGGUAAUAGUUGUUCUGUGCUUAGAGUGCAAAUUCUGUGGUAUCCCAUAUUUGUGGUUGCAGUUACUCUGGGCAUGGCUUGUAGUUUACAAAACAAACAGUUUGAGACCUGGGUUCUGAUCUCUUGUGACUCUCUAUGAUUAUGGACCUAGUUUAUUUUUACUAGAGUAAUAUUAGGGAUUUAAGUUUGUUUAGUAGCAAUAAGCAGAGUAGCAUUUCAAGGAAACUUUUUUCUAUUUCUUCUAUGAGCCUGUAAUCUGAUUCUGCAUUUUACAGUGUAGAAUUUGAUGAGUGAGUCAUGAAGAUUAAAUAUUAAAAUUAAUUAAUUAUCAUCCCUGAAAAGUUUUAACAUUUCAAAUGUUGACCUUAAUUUGGAUGCAUAGGCCUUUCUAAACUAUGCAGUGUUCUGUGUGGAGAAAAUACAUUGUUGUAAUAGGUAACUUAUAUGAUUAAUUUUCCUUGGAAGGUCUGAAAUUAGUGGUAUAUUUAUUUUAACUUGUUACUUUGGGUGUAAAUAAGAUAAGCAUUUGUAAAUUCCUUGCAGCCAUGAUCCAUUUUUGUUGUACUUAAAAAUAGCAGAUUUUUGCCACAAUUGAAAAUGUUACUUCAGGCUGCUGCUAAAGGUAGUUACUGAUUUUAGUCCAGCACUUUCAUAUUUCCUCAUAUCAGUGUUCUAAUUUGUUUACUGUUACGCCUUGAAUUCUCUCUGCUGCUUUCUUUAGAUGAUAAUUUUAAUACGAUGCUAGUGCUCUCUAGAAAAAUUGUGGAAAUGCUGUGGAAGUUUUGUAUUCUACAUAGCUUUGUCUCUCUUUUUCACAAGUAAUGAACAGCAGUGUUCCUUAUUUUAAUCCACUGGCUGCUAAAAUUGCAUCUUUACUGUACUUCAGUAUGACAAGCUGUGUACCCAGUUACCACCUGCACCCAAGCUGGCGUGUGUCGUGGGGCGGACACACGCCUGUGCUGCACUGCCGGCUCAGGGCUGCUCAGCAAACACGGCUGGCUGCUGGAGCCAUGGGUGGGAUGUGCAGUUUAGCACAUCCUGUGGCACCUGGCACUGCACCUGUGCGUCCGCAGUGCCUCCACAAGCAACUCAGGUGUCAGGAAUGUGCUAAUGGAGUUUCCCUUAGAGGUGCAGCCAAAAUAUGCACUUCUUUCAGUCCGCUGCAAACACCACCAGCUUGAGAGCAGUGUGUGAGGGUGGAGAGGCUGGGCAUCUUGCUGAGGAAUGUGGAAUGGUGCAUGGUUAUGUUUCUGUGACAUUGCUGGGUGGUGUAUGUAGGAUCAAUUUUUAAACCUACUGAAGGUGUUUGUGAAACAAAAAAUGUACAAGCCAAUUGUUGGACUGAAUUCACAUUUAGUUUUCAGAAAGUUUAAGGAACAGAAAGAUGGUAGUAAAAUGUUACAUUGCUAUAGUUAAUAAAAAAAGUUUUUAGAGAGUGUAUCAUAGAAUUAAAAAUACUGAUUAUUAUUAGGCUAAGCGUGGAAGCAGGAUUUUGCUUGUUUUUUGUUUUUUUAUGGUAAUCUGCCAGUGGAAGGUGCUCAUCCUAACAUGCAAUGCUUGCUGAUGGUAAAGGUAUAUUGUGCUUGUUACAAUAUGUAGUGGCAAUAGUAAUGCUGUUGCUUUCUUUACUUAUUUAUCCUAAUAAUUUUUUUUUUAAUUUAAAGUUAAAAAAAUCACACACUGAAAUAUGUGCCCUACAUCCCUUUGAGUCUUGUUUAUUUUAUUGAUUAAAUUCUAAAAUUAGACUUUUGAAAAGUUUUGGAAAUGCAAAAUUAAUCCUUUUUUUCUUUAUCAUAUGAAACAACUUUUGCAGUGAAGGAGGAAUUGAGAUUUUUUUUUUUCUCUCUGAAUGCUCUUGUGAGUUAGUAAUGGAAUCACUUUUUUCUGAGAAUGUAUUUUCAUAUAGAGUCAAAGAUUCUAACAUUAAAUUUUGCUAUAUUAUUCCUAUUUCUAAAUGGAUAGAAGGUAAAAAAAAAUUCCCCAACCCAACAUGAAUUCUGUAAUCCGAAACAGACUAAUGCACAGAGUAAAAUAUUAGCAAAGGAUCAUGCUACACUUUGGUUGUAAGUUCAGGAAUAGAGCCCAAGCACUUUCUACUGGGAAGUGGGGUGCUUUAAUUCUACUUCUUGUGAACAGAAGGGAACAAGGAUAUUUGUGAUGUGUUUUGUAACAGUUGAUGGACUCUGAACUAUACUUAUACUGACAGAUUCUUAGAAGUAGUAAUUAUAUCUGAGGCAUGGCCGCUUAAAAUAAGAAUUUCACACAUGCUUUUAUUGUCUUUAAUCCUGUGCUGUAACCAUUUUUUAGGUCUGGACUGCAUUAUCGCAGCUUACUCAUUUGUUUUACUUUUAGCAGUGCAAAUAUGACAUGCAGUACAACAUGGUGGGGGAGUAAUGGAGUGGAUUUUGACAGGCAUGAUGUUUAUGGCACAAUUGAAACAGUGUAAAUAAAACUCUAGAUUUGCAUCUCACUGGGGCUAUAUGUUGUAAGUAAGGUCUUAUAGAAGUGGAUAAUCUAAAGUAAUCUUAAAACCACUGGGGUGUGUUGCUUUGCUUUCUCUAAAAUUUGCAUUUACAGUGGCCAUUUGUGCAGGAGCUUUUUUACAGCUUCUUGUGGCAUGUGAGUUGUGGUAACUUCUGACAAAAGUGAAAACUAGACAAAAUUUUUAGACUAGAUUUAACCUAAUAGUCCCGUCUUUCAGGUCUUUGACUUGUAGACAUAUUAUUAUUUGAAUAAUUUAUUACAGAUACUCUUAACAGGAUAUAUUAUGUAUUAUUCUAGUAAUUUUUUGACAUCAUAAUUUGAUGGAUAGCUUGCUUGUUGAAAGUAAAAAGCAUGUUAUUUACUUUUUCUUGAUUAAAUUUUUUUAUGAGCAAGGGAUUAUUUAAUUCCUUAUGCUUCAUCAGUCCAACUGAUCUUGUUUAUUACAUUGUGUCCAUGAUACCCAUGACCUUGGAAAAGCCAUAAAAUUUUAAAUAACCUCUCCUGUUUGCCCAUGUCACUUUAAAGGACAGUCUUUGUAGGGUAAAUGGCAGCAAGAAGAAAUAUACUACGUGGAAAACAAGUACCUUUUUCUUUCUUGCUUCUAUAUUUAGUUUGGAAUACCUAAUUUGUAUUUUGAGAGGCCAGGUUUUGAUAAUCCAAAUAACCUGAGUAAGCUGAAUUCUGCAUUUGACACGUCGGUUUUAAUAAUUGGCAUUUAUAUUCAUUUCUGGACCACAUUUCAGCAUCUUUGCAGGAAUCAGAGAACUCAGUACAACAGUUACUAUGAACAUGGUACACAAGCUAAAUAUAUUUGUGGAGGUGGUUUUAUAGCUGUCUGUUGAGGAAUACUGUAUGGCUUUGUCCUGAAAGAUACUUUUAAAUUGGUGUUUAGAAGGAAUAAGCCCUUGUUUCCCAAAUUUCAAUAUUUGUGAACAGGACAUUGUGAUUUAGUGGAACUGUGAGUAAUGUUGCAGGCACUAAUAUAAAUUCUGGUCUAACAGGUAUUUUUGCCUAAAGGAUUUUUUUUAAUAAUACAGUUUGAUAAUCAAUGAAUCUUAAAACAUGGAUGGAAGUUGGAGCAGAAUUGUUGUGCACUAUGGAGAUACCUGAAUAUAAUGUUACUUCUAUCCAAAAUCAUAGGAGUAGUCCAUUGAACAGAAUAAUUGCAUGCAGCACUGACUCUAAAGAAAACAGUUGUCUCUUGUUUAUCUUUUUGCUGUGGCCUCUUUUUUUCAGUAGCAAUUAGAGAAUGUGUUAAAAUCAAGUGAAGUGUAUCACUGUAGGGCACAUAUGGAGAUUUUCUUUCCUAAAUCAAAUACUACAGCUUAGCAAAUAAGGUUGCAUAAAAUAUUUUAUCAUUACAUUGUUUCAGAACUAUAUCUUAGUUUUUUCUGGUGUAUGAGCAUAAGGAUUUACACCUUGGGUUUUUUUUCUUUUUUUGUAGUAGUAGUCGUAAUGUAAAAGGUUAAGGAACAUUUUAGAUCUAAAAUUGUGUUUCUGAAGAACUCCCAUGUUCCCAUAGCAAUUUUAGUAACCACGCGCUGUUUAACUGGAAGAGCAACUUGAGGAUAUUGCCUGGUUUCUCUCUACCUCCCAUGGUAAACCUUCUGUUUGUUUUGUGAAUUUAGUAGUCAGAGGUGCGUGGAUAAAACUUGCCAUCUCCUACUUAAUGACAUUUCACAGCCAGCAAGGCUGCCAAACUGCUAUACAACUUUCCUUUUUCCUUUCUUAAGCAACACAGAGGAGCAGAUCACAAUUAUUUUCUACCAUAAUGCCUCAUGUUGACUGAAACAUUUAAGUCUUAGAAAUAGAGCAGUACCAUAAAAUAGAAGGCUUAAGUGGGAAAUGGACAUCUUCACAACUCCAAAUAGGUCUAAGAGGAGAAAAAGUGCAGAGACCUAGAUUAAGAAAAUUGAGCUUUUUCACACGAGUGAAGCAUGUGAUGAAAAUGGUGAGAAAAGGUCAAGCUAUGCUUAUCCUAGUAUAUUAUAUUAGAGAUAAAAUUUAAACUAUUUUUUUUCAGCAAAAGCACACUGAAGGAACAAAAUGGAGCAAAGUGUUUCUGCUUUCCCUAGUGGCAACAUUUGAACAUUAGUGAUGCUUAAAAUUAUCUAUGUGCUAUUUUGCAAAGAAAAUGACUGUAUCAAAAGUUCUUUAGUACUGUCUGACCAUCCUACAUCUGUGAUGCUCUAAAGGUAGAGCAACAGUAGUCUGAUAAUCCUCGUCAGAUACCAAAGUGGCUUGCAAUAUGAAUUGUUUACUUGUGGUUAUGAAGUUUGUGAUUUCAUAUGUGUGUUUUGGUUUUCAAGAGCUGUAAUUUAAAAAAAAAGAAAAUAUAUUUCCUUCUUUCUCCCUGUCUUCUCUCCAAGAACAAAAAAUUGGCCCACCAUUCAUCUGUAAUAGUGGUUUUGGCACAUGAUGUUUUUUUUGUAAAAAGCCAACUAUACUCAGUGCUUGUGUUAGCCUGCCUUCAGGGGUUUUUUCCUUGAAGCAGCAGAUCAGACAAAAUGUUCAAGAAGAGAAGGUGAAGAGUGGACAGUAAAUAAGUGUUCUGUAUGCAGGCUACUGUAUCCACUUAAAACACUGCUUUGGCCUUGGGAGAAGCCUGCAAGUCAGAAUAAAAUUUGAUCUCCACAGUAUAUGAUAGCAAAUCGUUAGUACACAUAUGUGUUUCGAAAGUGUUUUUUCUGUGUUUUUUCUUCUGUUGUAGGUGGGCAUAGAUCACAGUUAAUGGCUAGACUGUGGUAGUGGUGGUGUUAACUGAGAUUGUGUCUUGAAGAGGAAGAUUGUGAGUUGUGAGUUCAGAUUUCACUGGCAAUUGGGCAAUAGUGAUGAUCCAUUUGCAGAAGAAAAAUUGCCACUUCAAUAGGCUUACAGUGUGACAAAUUGUGGACAGCACUUGGGGAGCGCUGGGUGAUAGCCUGCUAUUGUUUAGUGGUUUUACAUUGCAUUGAGAAUAGAUAGAUUGUUACAGCAGAGGAUAGAUAUAUACUGAUUCUUUUUUUUUCUCUCCUCUUGUCCUAUAAGGAGAGUAGGUUCUGGAGCUUUGACUUUGUAAUUUUUCAUUGGUUGUAAACUUGUCUUACUCCUUAAUUUACAUAUUGAUGGAACUUACCAUCAGCUGCUUUCAGAGUUAAAUCAGCAGCAAGCAGAUUACUUUGAUAAUACUACCUGAAAAUACUCCAGAACAUGCUGCUGUGGGAUAGAACACACUGAAUUAAUUUUGCACUUGAAAAUUAGAGCUCUACAAUUAUGAUUGUUUCUGUCCUUCAGACAAAGCAGGACAAAGACAAAACAGGAGAACUGACUCUUAGAGAAAGCAAUUUUGAAUUGUUGUCCCAAAUGUCCACUAUUUGUUUAUUUGUGUUUGUUAUUUUAACCUGCUUAUCACUUGAAAUCUAGGUGAUGAUUUCUAAAGUAGUGUCUAGGCUGUCAGAUUCAGUUAUGGCCUUUUGAUAAAAUAAUUUUAGCUCUGAAAAUUUGAUAUUUCAUUGAGAUUCUAUUACUUGUUCCGGCUUCAUAAAUUUUACCCUGAACCUCUGGCCAUUUCAGCUUAUUUUUCCAACACAAACCUGAAAUAAUGAAAACACUGAAUUAUUUGAAUUGAGAAUGUCAAAAUUGGUCUUUGUGCAGCAAGGUGAGCCAUGACUUGAUAAGUAAUCAAUUUCACUAAUUAUGCAUUGAAUUAACUGUAGAGGAAACCACUGGGAAUUCUCUUCUGCUAUAUUUUAGGAUUUUCCCUGCAUGAUUUUCUGUAAGGAGUCCACAGAGAUCACUUUGUUGAAUAAUGGGUUAAUGUAAUUAGUUGAGUAGACAUAAAUUCUCAUUCUGCAUUUAAACUAAUGCAACUGCAAAGAGGCUGACUGUAUUCCCCUGCUGCAACAAGCGAAAACAGAUUUUUUUUAAUGUGAUUUUGAAGAAAAUAUGUAAGUGCAAAAACUCAUUUCUGUUACUGUAAUAAAGGCAUUACAGAUGCCAACUCCUCAUUAGGAUGAUACUCCAUAAAGCAUACAGGUCUGUACAAGGCUGUAAUGUGUGCUGACUGACCCAGUGAUACCUUGGAAGACUUGUGCAGAGCUGUGGUGGAUAGAGUGGAAGAAGACACAAUGAGCAAAAGGGAGCAAGUUUUUGUAACAGAUGACCUACAAAGCUUCUCCUGUUACAAUACUGGGUGUCAUUUGCCUACUGUGUGUCUUAAUCCACUGCAAAAUACUCAGUAAUGCUUUUUAAGAAAACUAAAAGAUGCCAAACCAGAAUUAGACAUACCACUGAGCCUCAGCAUUAUUUUUAUUUUCUUGCUUCAGGAGGUUAAAAAAAUAAGCUACUUCUCCACCAGGAAAGGAACCUAUAGAAACAAGUAUGCAAGAGCCAAUAAUAAAGGUUGGCAGUGCAGUCUGCUAAGUAACAUGAGAGAUUAGACUGAAAAUGUUAAGCUUUUUAAAUAGAACUUUUAUUAUCCCAUUAUCUUCUUAAUUAGACUGUAAAUCAGGAGUUGUUUUAAUUACCACCAGAGGUUUUAAAGGAAAAGUAUGAGCUGAUACCUUAUUGGUGUUACUGGGGUGGUUGACAAAUCUAGAAGCACCAAGGACAAGUUGUAGAACCCCAUUUAUUCUUAAAGACAAACUUAGUAGAUCAUAGGAUACUAUAAGCACACUACCAGUCAGUUCGUUAGUUGUAAAGUUCAGGUGUAUCAAUUGUGCAUGUUAGAAGUGUCUUGACUUUGAUUAACUGUAGGGUGAAAAGAGCUGUAAGGUAAGAGGAACAAGUAUACAAGUGGUUCCUCACAAGUUUUUCUCUAAGUGCUAAAGCUUGUUUUUGUAUAAACUGAUGGAAUGAUUAUAAAACAAAAUCUAAAAAUGAAGGCAGUAAUGGUGUUUAUGAUCAGACUUGGUCUUUCUUAUGAAUUUGUUAUGCUGAGCUUGAAGUUUUUACAAGAUAAAAGUAGUUUUUUUCCCAUAUUUGCUGUAAUAUUGCAUUAUUGAAGAACUUUAAAAAAAAAAAAAAACAACCAUAUGAAAGGUGUUUGGACAUUGAGGACUAAAGCAACAUCUGCAUCACUGGUCUUUUACUUCCUUUUGCUACAUUUCGGUUUGGAGACAUUUCUGAAAAACACUGCAUCUGAGAAUCCUGGAAUAUUUUGCCCUAAUUUGAUAUUUGUUCAGUGCUUGCACUUUACAGCUCAAUGUGAGAAGACAUGAUUUUGGGAAACCAUGCAAUACUUGCAUUAAGUGCUUAUAGCGCUACAAGCUUUGGUGGUUUUAACAUGAAUUUUUCAAUUUGCCUUUAUUCUCACAGGUUUCAUGUGAAAAUCUUAGAUUUCAUUUAGUCUGAAAAGGGGUGCUCUCUUUUUUAACUGAAACCUAAGUUCCUUUUCUUACUCAAAAGGAGAGCCUUUACCAUGUUUGCCGGAUAGAAAGAUGACAACCUGCAUACUUGUUUGCAGUUUAAUGUUGACAUCCACAUAGCUAUAACUGGAUUAUUCAUAAGGAGUAGUUAUUUGCUGGGAAAUACAGAAUCUUUUCUUUUAUGAAGAGAAUGGUGGAUAAAAAAUGGUAGAAUUGAGAUGAGGAUUAGUUCCAUGUUUUUAAAAGGUUGAAACUUUUAGAUCAGAGAUUGUAUUUGCAUGUUGUCUCAGAGUUGAUUCAAGAAAGAAAUAAAUUGUUUAUAACAUCUAUUAAUAAAUGUUUGAUCAAUUGAGCAUUGUAAUGUCUGGAAGUUGAAUAAAAUACUGAAACAUACCUGGAUAGAUAUGCAACCAUUCUUUAUUUUUUAUUUACAAUUUUAAACAAUGAUAUUUAAAGUGCAAAUAAUCUACAUGUAAAAAUCUGUUCCUGUGGAUAAUGUAGUCUUUUUAAAAUAAGUAAAUUUAUAGUAAUGUGUCGAGACAGUAUUGAGAAAAUAGACCCCCACCAUCUUCCUUGAAAAAUAAGUAAUAAAUCACUCAGUAUUACCAUUUUUUAGAAAGUGAAAACAAAUCUUAAACAACGCUAAUGUUCAGAUCAAAGUGGGAGUUCACAGCAUAUGUGGCUGUCAUAAACCCAACAAGUAUCCAUUGUCUGGUUUCUUCUACUUUCUUGUACUUGCAUUUAUUUGGGUUUAACCUUGGGAACUGUAAAACUGGUUUAGGUAUGAGGGAUUUCUUACAUACUGUAAUUUUGAACUGCACAUGGGAUGUACUGAACAACACAUAAAGAAAACUGCACAUACAACCCAUUGACUUUAGUGUACCUAAUUAUUUGCAGAUGAAAGGGGCAGUUUUAGUCUGGAAAACUGGUAUUCAUACUUUCACCUUUGUGCAAGUGAAGAACUGUCUGCUGUUUCAUUAAUGCCUUUUUCAGACAAAUGUUUUUUCUCCUUGUUUCAGCCAUUGCUGUCACAAACCCACAGGUGGUAAAGCAGUAGAAAGUGGACUUUUAUUAUCUAGAACCAUUAAAUAUAGGAAAAAGAAAGAAUUAUGCAUUUAAAAUGCUUCUAUUUAAGAUAUGUAAAGCAGAAUUAAAAUUUGGUUUCUUAUCAAAGUAAAGCUUCAGUGUCUGCACUGACUCCAGAAGCAAAGCAGUAGUAUAUGAAGCAAUGCCACUUUUAGCUGUGUGGUUUAGCAACACACACCUAAGCUUCUUAUCUUUGUGUCUGCUUUUCACAAAUGCAUACAGUGGCCUACUUAAUUCUCCCAAUUAUUUUAACAAAUUUCUAAAUGCCUGCAAGCAGUGGCUGCUAUGUGGGAAAAAAUAUUCACCCACAGCAAACCCAGCAGAAAUGCAGUUAUAAGUUCAUCAGCUUUUUCCUAUUGUAGCAUCUUUUACAGUAUUUCAGCUUAAUUAGUUUCAGAACUCUGUUUGAAAGAACACAGCUAUAUUUCAUGUCCAUUGAAGCUUUCAUAUUUCUUUGAAGUUUUUCACAGUUUCUAUAAAAAGUGGGAGAGGAAAUACUUAAUGAAAUUUUGCAAGGAGAAUAAAAUAUUAAAAAUACUUCAUAAGCUUAAUAAUCAAAGGAAAAGGGCUUUUUUUUUCUUUUCUUUUUUUUUUUUUUACUUUCAUGUGUACAUUUUAGAAUUAUAGCUUUAACUUCCACAAUGCUGUUAUUAACAGUGUUACUAAGAAUGUAUAAUAAACUAUUAGAUAGAUUUCUGAAAUGCAGCAAGAAUACCCGAUUUGCAAUACAAUACUGAUUGUAAUUAUAUAGUGUUCUUGUCAUGCAUCUUAUUCCAGCCUAUCUUCUUUUUAAUGAUUUAUUUGUUGGAAUUUAAUGCCAUGUCACAUGAUUUUUAUUUUUUAGGGGUUUUUUUUUGUUGGUUUUUUUUUUUUUUUUUUUUUUUUUUUUUUUUUUUGUUUAGUUAGUUUUUCUCUAAGGAACAGUUUGGUGCUCCUAGUCAAAUUUCAUGUCUUCCAAGUUAAAUUUAAUAUGAAAUGUAGGGAGGAAAAAUAAUUGUGAUGCUUAUGUUUUCAAAAGGAAGAAUCGUAGGAGGGAAGACUUUCUUAGAAGCAUCCAGAAAGCAGGGGGUAUUGAAUUAAUUUGUUUUGUAUUGUGCAGUAUACCUUUGUUUUGGCAUUUGUUAUCACAUGGCAGUAAUCUCCAUCAAGGGCUGUGAUUUAAGGUUACUGGUCUGGAUGCUGUUAGCAAUGUGCUGUUCAUCUCCAUUCUCUGCUAUCUCCAAAGUAUCACUCCAGUCUUUACCUCAGAGGGAUAGUCCUGGUCAGUCACUGUAGGAAGCAUCUUGCUGUCUACACAACUGCCUCAUCCCAGUGAGGGAGGUGUACUGAUGCUUCCUGUGCUUCUGGGUGUUGUCUUGGGGGCCUACUCUGCCUAGUGAUUUUCUGUGCUCUAAGCUAGUGCUGUUUGGAGUAGCUUUUCUGCUUCUGAGAUGAGAUUUUGUCCUUUUGUAUUCCAGUUGAGGAAAAUGAGUAUUGCAAAGAAAGAGUGGAAUUAAUAUAUGUUUUAUUUCAAGCUAAAUAUUGAACUAUGAUCUAUGUAGUAAUUGCAAGUUGAACUCUACCACAGGUAUUCAUGUUGGUCUUGGAGAAGACGUUAUGAAUUUUUUGUGGUCAUGGGCUUGUGCUGAGUUACUGAGCAAUUGCUUUGGGUAGAAUAGCAGUAGACCAGGGUACUUUGCUGUGUGUUCCUAUUGUUUGUAACAAAUUGUCAUUUUACCUGUGCCAUAACUUCAUCUAAAAGUAAUAUUUAUUUAAGCUGAGUGUUGAAGUGAUAUACAUUAUGUGGUAUAUACUUAGGUAUCUUGAGGAAAGCACUGAAACUUGAAAAUUGCAGUGCAAUUGCAGAUGUAGCCAGUUUCUCAGAACAUUUUGCUGGAGUGUUUCAAGUAUGAAUUUUGGACAGAACAAAUUACACUUAGAAAAAGAGAACAAAAAAAGGCAGUCGUCAUAGGGUGUGGAUACAUAUUUUUAGGCAGCUGGUCUGAGAUUGUCCAUAUGCAGUCACCAGUAGGUAGUGGAUAUUAAUAACUUGGACAGUUUUAACAGAUGCUGUGAUAUGAUAAAGCUGUCUUGUGGUUGUAUUACACAGUUUUUAUGUCACUGAGAAAUUGAAGCACAUGGAAGAAACCACCAGAGGGUGAAUAUCAUAGCUCCUGAUACCCAACAGAUCCAUACUGUGAUUUAAAUAAUUGUAAGUGCCUAGUUGGAUUUCCAUAGAGCAGAGCACAUGUAUAGCCUUUAUUUUUAACCUUGUGGUUUUUCAUCUUGUGUAAAUACUAAUUUUUUUAGUUACAUUCUCUUGCAUUGUUAUUUUCAUGUUUUCUAUCCACAGAUGUGGGAUAUGCUUUAGGAAUUUAGGGAAAGAGCUACACUGAGAAUCAUUAGAUUUUCAGUGUCACAUUUGAUUUAGAAGUUUGCUCUAUUAUUUUAGCCAUUUUCCUCAAUCAUCACUUCUUUUCAAAGACUAUACCAUUAAAAUAAAAUCCCUUUUCUCGAUCUGUUUCAAACCUAAUGGACAAAACAUACAAUAGGAAAAUCACAUGUUGUCUUUUUGUAGUUCUAAAAGGAAUGUCUUCCUCAGAUUAGCAUCAGAAGGAAAAAUGACAGUGAAAUCAAAAAUUAGCAAUGGUGUUACUUUUGAAAGGUAACUUUAAAGUGACAAAUUCUAAGGAAAACAUUUUAAAUUAUUAUUAUAUCUUCUUCAUUUGUUGACAUGGAAUCCUUCAUAAUGUUAAUGAAUCAAAUAACUUCAUUAAUCAAAUAUUUGUUAUCAAAUAUGUGAUUUUUAGAGAACCAGUGGAAAUGCUGGUGUCUGCUGACAUUAUUGUAUACUUCCAAAGAAGACUAAAUAUGUUUAAGCAGAGAAUGUUGUUUUACCUGAAAGGAUAAAUCUCUCAAUGAAAGAUAAUCGCCAAAGAUUCCUCAUGUUCUGGUUAUAGGUGAAGGUCUGCAUGCUAGCAGAGUUGGAAAGGAAUCCAGCAUGUAUGCUGCACAGUCUAAUUAUAACAUUACAGAUGGCCAUUACAUAAGGAAUGCCUCCAAAUCAAUAUCAUCCAUGUAGAGAGACUUCUAAGUGUAUACCUGAUCCUGAAAGAGAAGCAAGCUGGUACUUUUCCCCAGGAAUGUUGCUCUUAAAGCAGCAAGGAAGACUUUCCCUUCCAAAUUACCUUCUUGGUUGUGUUGACUUGGUAUUUACAUUCAAUUUUCCCUCCCUGAUUACCUUCCUUUACAUGGUUUUCUUUUUAUUGUAUGCAUGCAUCCGGCUGAACCACAUAUUAGAUGGAGAGAGUUAUGCUUUAUUAAAAAUGAAUGAUGUGUACCCUGGUUAGGAUUUUUUCAUUAGAAGGAAGAGUAUGAAUUUAGAGACUGAAUUAGCUGAAAGGGGGUAAACCAAGCUAGCAAGGGCAUAAUGUACAGAAACCAUAGUUGCCCAAGCUAAAUUUGUCUUCAAGUGCCUACAGAAAUGGGCAGUGAACUUUCAAUAGCAGCAGUAAUUAAUAUUAGUGUGUUAGCACACUAUCUGCAAGCACAAGCUCUAGCGAACUGGAAGGAAAAGUAACUGAAUAAUAUAACAAUAAUAUAACAGUGGUGGGAAUUGGGAAAACAAGUUGCACAAUUUAAGUGAUGUUUAGGCCUAAUACAGGAUUAGACAUGAAAUAAUCUAUCCUGUUUUCAUACAGAAUGAAAAUACCUCCCCAUCACUAGGUAAAGAGCUCAUCACCUUUCCUGCCGGCCCUGGGCAGCACAUAAAGAGGAUUGUGUUUGUAUCAGUGGUUCAUAUAGCUCGCAUUCAUAACUAAGCAUACACUUCUGUGUUUAGUUAUGUUCAAUUCUAUUGUCAUCCACUUUUAAAAUGCAAAAAUACAUACUAGUUUGAUGGUACAAUCUGCACAGUUUUAAGUAGUAUAGUCUUGCACCUGUAUCGUCACUGUCCUAGAAUUGCUUUUUUACAAAUAAGUGGGUAGAGAAUUUUGAAGAGUCUGGACACUAGGGAUUCAGGAUUUGCCUACGCAUCUGUCUUGCUGGAUGCACGUUCAUAAACUAGCCAGAUGAAUGCAAAUAGCUAAGGUGCUAGAUGAAUCAAGGUCAUAUUAGAGGAAGACUAUUGCUAGUCUGCUUGAAUUUCUGGACAUUCUUUCAUAGCAGAAUACUCUUCAUUAAGAUAAUGUUCAACGUCUGAGUAGAACAAGUAGUGUUUUUACUGUCUGCUGCCCCCCUGUUUGAAAAAAAUAGGUGCCCUGCUAGGUUGCUAUGUGUAGGUUCAAAUAGGUCUUACAGAUCUAGCAUAUGGACUAAAUUGAACAUACUUCAACAUGAUACAGAUUCCAAAAGCACAUUUCAAGCUUUUGUCAGGUCCCUGCAAUUGUUGGGUUGCAUGAUCUCAGCUACUUCUAAUUGUGAAAAGUUACUAAACAGCUAGUACACUCUUUUCACAUGUUACAACUUCUAUGAACCCUAAUUUAUUUUAUAUCUUUAAACUGGGGCCUUAUUUUUAAAAUGCAUUAUCUUUUUAGCAUUUAAAUAAUGACAUUUCUUAUCAGUAUGAUGCAGUCUUUGAGUGUAAUGACACAUUGCAUGACAAAGUUGCAUUUCUUGAAAGAUUGAAAUCCUUACAUAAGGUGCUCACAUUGCCAGGUGCUUGCUUAUAUUAAAUAGUGUGGUUAGAGUGCUUGGCUCGAUUAUUUAGUUUGUGCUACAUUGCAUUACAGAGCAGCUGUUAGUUUAUUACUGGCUUUCUGUGGGAUUACAAUAUAAGGAUGGGGAGAAGAAGCUGGAAUUGGCAAAUUGGUUAAUUAUGCAAAACAGCAUGAAUUAUAAAGUUGUCUGGUGCUGCUGCUUUGGAAUGUCUUGCAGACAUCAGAAAUACCCUAAGUUUUUGUUUACUGGAUAGCCUGACAAAACUGCCUCUCCACCUCUAGGUGCACUAGCAGGUCAGAAAACAUUGGUAUUUUAGCUUUUCAGCUGGAGUCUUCAGGCUGAGGAAUACCUUAGAGUAAGGAGGUUUUGUAGGCAAGUGUGUGCAAAUGGUUUUCCACACUGUAUGUAUGAAAAGAUGUGAAAGAAAUGGCAGUCAAAAAGGUUGUAUGUGAGCUUGGAAUGUGAGUAAGGCACAGGCCUAUAGAAUAAAAAGAUUUCUGAGAUCUUCUGGCUUUCAGCAACAGAUUACUGUUUAUACUGUUUAUAACCAAACAAAAAAAGCAACUUACUCUUGUGAUGUUCCUUGCCUUGACUACUGCUAGCAAAAACCAUUCAGCAUAUUGUCCACUUGAUGAUGAAGGCUUCCAGUUCCCAGCAUUGCUUGUUAAUUCCCACUUCUUGUGUGCCAGUGUUGCCUAUAGCUUAAGUUUUUCUCCUUCCCUUUUCUUACAUCCCUGGUUUGUUUACAGAGAGUACUAACUACCUCUCAGCUUUCAUGUUACUAGGCUAAUUAAAGAAGCCUCCAUUGGUAUCCUCUUUAUACUGUCCUCUGCUCACUUCUGUGGUUAUUCUUGUAGCCUUCCCCUGCACAUGUUGGAGCUUAAAGCAUGAAUUUUUUAACACAGGUGACCAGAACUAUUCACAGAGCUCUGGAUGAGAUUUUACCAGUUUCUUGUAAAACAUCCCCUUCUCUACUGAAAAUUUGUCCCUUGAUAUAGCCAAAUUGCAUGUGCCUUUUUGACAGCUGUAGCUCUUUGACAGUUUGUAUUCAUCCCAAUUGAUUAAUACAUCCAAGUCAUUCUCCUGUUCUAUUAUUUUGACUUCAUGAUUCGCUAGUAGAAUUACAGUAGAAAUUUGUCCUCAUCCCAGAAUGCUUGACCAUGCCUUUGUGCUAUUGUGUUUUAUCAUUACUAUCACUUUGGUUCUCGAAGCUAUUCAGUUCAUGUAAUAUAAUAUUCUAAUUUUACUCUGUACUGAUACUAGUUCCAAUUUCAUUCUUUUUUUAACCAACAUCAAGCAUAUUUAUGAUCCAGGGCUUUUUGUUUAUUUUUGCUACAAUGUCAUUUCUCACAAUGAUUUGAAAGGAACUCCAAUCUUAAUCUCAUUUUUAGUUCAAUGGUUUCCUUCCACGUUGUACCCUCACUUUUUCUAGUAAAAUCUUUGCUGUUUUGCAUUCAGUUGGGUUUUUUGUAUCUUACUUACUAGUGUGCCUACAAUUUGAUAUUGUAAGACUUAGUGAAGUACCUGUUUUUGUAAGGCACAUUGAUUUCAGUCAUCUAAAAUAUUAGUUGCAUCCACAACAAGUUACCUUGGGCUGUUGUGCUUCUGUAUGUGAACAUAACUAAGUCCAGCCAUUUUUGUUUGGGUGAGAAUCUGUUCAUUAAAAUGCAAAAUGAAGUUGAUGAAAAUGCUCAGUGAAGAAAAUUAGGUUCUUCAGUAUCAGAAGAACCAUUAGUCACUCUUAGCAGUCUAAAUUUCCUAUGAAGUUUUUUUAAUGUAAAAUAUCCUUAUUUAUAAGCUUGUCUGUGCCUUUUUCUGAGACCUUUAGUUAUAAGACUGUCUAGGUAAAAUUUUCAAAAGUGUAUUAGGUAACUGGGAACCCUGGUGACACUUCAUUUUUGGAUUAUACAAUUAAUGUAGGCUCAGAAAUAUAUUGAGUUCCUGCUUGCUUCAUGCUGUGAGAAAGAGGCAGACCAUUUUA